AUGAGAGAGCCAGACACGGAGUUACUGUCGGCGCGGCUGGCCGCCACCGGGGGUCCGGACUCGGACUCAGGACAGAAUGAGAAGGAAUCCAGUGUGUCGGUGAGGCUUCAACAGACAGACCAGGCCGGGCAAUAUCUUCUUACGACCGAGGAUGCCCACGUUAUGCAAGAACUGCUUCGUCACCAGCUGUCUCUGCAGAAGAGCGGUAGCGCCGAAAAGAGCCGUUUUGUAUUUCGAGAUCUGGCAUUUACGCGCCAACUCAGCUCCCUCGACCGUCAGAAUCCGACCGCAAGCGCAUCAGAGUUCCGGGGCUUCUUUACCCUGUUCUGGUUGUGCGUUGCCAUGAUGCUGUUGAGAACGUGCGCCAAGAACUGGCGCGAGCACGGCUCCAUCAUCGUGUGGGGUAACAAUGAAAUCAUUCGCCUAAUGUUUUCGAAAGAUGUGCUAGUGCUGGGUAUCUCGGAUUUUGUGUUAUGUUGGUCCACUCUUUUCUGCUUAGGCCUGCAGCGUGCCAUCUCCGCGGGCUAUCUGCAUUGGGAUGGUCUUGGGUGGGUGAUCCAGAAUAUUUGGCAAACCGCUUACUUGGCGAUCGCCAUCUGGUGGACCUAUCACCGUGAUUGGCCCUGGACUCAUACAGUCUUCAUGGUACUACAUUGCCUGACUAUGCUGAUGAAGCAGCAUAGCUAUGGCGCCUAUAAUGGUCACCUGUCUGUUCUGUAUCGAAAGCGUGAACUGUUGUCAGCCCGGCUGAGACGACUUGAGACGUAUGACGACCAGCAGUCUGUCCCGGCCGCUCACACUUCUGCCCUUCAAUCUAGCGUGGAUGCCCAGAUUAGCAGCAUAGAGCAGCUGGCGCACCGGAGACUCGAUGAUAAGAAGGCCGUCCAGGCUUCGCAGACCGCCGACCAACUGCUCUCUCUUUCCGAGACAAUUGAAAAGAAAAGUCCAUUGAAUACCAAUCAGAUAGCGGCCUUGAGAUCCUUUCUCGAGCGAGAAGUCGAUCUCCUGUCGGAAGAGCUUCAAGGGCAGUUUUCCGCUUCUCAUUACUACCCACGAAACUUGACUCUGGAGUAUCCACGCACCGAGAAGAUCAACUGGUCCUAUGUGGCGGAGAAAACCACAGCUACCUUCGGGACCAUCAUGGUGAUGAUUGCCGUCUCGCAGCACUGGAUUUACCCGGUUGUGAUGAAAACCGUGCAAAUGAAGGAGGAAGGUCUGACUGCACAGCAACGGCUGCAAGAGUUCCCUUGGAUCCUGAGCGACUUGUCCUUCCCUUUCCUGCUGGAGUAUCUGCUGGCGUUUUAUGUCAUCUGGGAAUGUGUGCUUAAUGUACUCGCCGAGGUCACCCGCUUUGCGGAUCGAAAGUUCUACGCCGACUGGUGGAACUGUGUAUCCUGGGACCAAUUCGCGCGCGACUGGAACCGCCCCGUCGCCGACUUUCUACGCCGCCACGUCUACCACAGCUCUAUCAGUGCCUUCCAUCUAUCGCGCGUAUCGGCGAGCUUCGUCACAUUCUUGCUUUCAGCGUGCGUUCAUGAGCUGGUCAUGCUUUGCAUUUUCCGCCGACUUCGCGGUUACUUGCUUAUCCUCCAGAUGAGCCAACUGCCACUCGUGUCUCUGAGCCGGACCCGCUUCCUGCGGGGGCGAAAAGUCAUCGGGAAUAUUUUCUUCUGGGUAGGAAUCUUUACCGGGCCCAGUCUUCUUUGCAGCUUGUAUCUAAUUAUCUAA